AUGCCGACGCCCGGUACGGACGCCAGUACUGGUGCCGGUUUCCGCUGCAGUGCCGGUGCCUGGCGCCCGGUGCCUGGUGCAGGGGUGUCUGGCCCUGUGCCCGGUGCCGGUCCCGAUGCCGGGUCCCCGCCGCAGUGGCGGUGCCGGUGCCCGGUGCCGGUGCCCGGUGGCGGAGCGGGAUUGGCUGGCCCGGUGCCCGCUGGCCCCUGCCCAGCCCCUGCGGCUAUAACGGCCCCGGGCGGAGCCGGGAGCGAGCCCGCAGAGACCCCGAGAGCGGCCAUGGGACAGCCCCGGGGGCUCCCGGCGCUGGCCAUGGUUGCCCUGCUGGUGCUGGCCCCCUCGCUGGCCGAUGAGCUGACGAGCACCCUGGACGUGGCCCUGUCAGCAGAAGGACAGACAGCAGACCCUGCCAGUCCUGCCAAGCUGGAAGCCUCUGGGGAGAGUGAUCUCACCACCUCCAGUCAGAGACUGGGAAAAGGUCUGACCUCUAUCAGCUUUGCCCCGGGGGGGGCUGCGACCCCCCAGGCCCUGGGCAGCGACUCCUCGGCCAGCCUGGACCCCCCCGAGAGCGGCUCCUUCAGCAUGGAGCCCCCCGAGGGCCUCCGAGCAGGUCCCAGCAUGGAUGGCCCAGCCCAGUCCAAUGAGUCUGAGGAGGGGCUGGAGCAGGACCCGGACUCGGAGGAGACCCUGGGCUCCCAAGGGGUCUGAGCCUCGCUGGAGCCCCCAGGACAUCGCUGUCUGCAGAGCCAGCUGCUGCCACCCCACGCUGUCCCCACGUCCCCGGCAAGGUCCUCGUGGUGCCCCCCCCGAGUCCUCGCCGUGCCCCCCAGCCCCGGCCUGCGCCCCACGGUGGGGAGACCCCCCCAAAACUGAGAUGUCUUGGGAGUGGGGUCUGCUGUGGGGCAGGGGCCCUGGAGGCGGCCGGACCCCUCCAUGCGUCCCUGGGCCCCCCAGCCACGUGUG